AUGGCUGCCAAGAUGAUUCAAAACCAUGAAACAAAUGCACGGCCAACAACCACGACCAGCCAAUGUCCUCAAGACAACAAUGUCAGAAACAACUACGUGAAGGACGAUUGCUUGGAUGGGCCCUCGUCUAGGGGUGAUAUUGCACAAUUAGAUACUUGCGAUGCCCCGCCGAAGUCUGUCAUUCAUUUGCAUAGCGCCACCAAAAUUGUACCAUCACCAGAAUCCAAGAAUUCCAAGAAGCCAAUACGAGAUCAGACUACCAGUAUGAUUCAUCGUCCCUUCAGCAGAGGGGAGCAUCGUGAUUUUGUGGCUGCCAUUCUGGACAUUGGAAUCAAGAGCUGUUCUCCUUCAUUGCUUCUAGAAUAUGUUCGCAAUGAGGGGAAGCAUACCUUAACACGGGCCAUCAUGAAGAGCCACUUGCAAAAGUACCGGAAGAUUUCAGAUAGGGGGAAGGCCAACUUCUUGGUGGAUUAUGAUCAGUCUCUUCGGGAAAUAGAGAAAUACAAAAUACAGGAGACUUGUAACGGUAAGGAUGAAUACACUAUGCACAAGGCAGAAGGGGAAUCUGCAAUCAAGAAAGCUUUAGGCACCAAAAGACCAAUGACUGUUGUAGGGGGAGAAGCAGCAUCUCUAGUGUCCUUCGCAGUAGCCAACGACUGCCACGAAAAUGUAUUAUCAAGUUUGAACUGUACCAAGGUGGAGGUUCCCAUACUCACCGAAGCCGAAAAGGAGUCGAAUCUUGGCAAAGCACUCACAUCGAUUGCCGGCUUGCUAGGAUUUACGAAGGAGCAGCUUCAAAAGUCUCGACAUAAGGUACCCAUAGACUCGGCUAGAAUCCAACAGCUCGCUUCCAUUACCGUUGGUCGAGUACAACCAGCUCCAUCUUUGGCGCCUACAUCAUCGCACGCCGCCGCCAUUACUGCCACCAACAACAACAACAGUGAUAACACUAAAUCUUUUCGGAUAAGGAGCAUGUCCUGUCCACAGGCGUAUGCCAAUACCAUCUCUCGCCAAAGCUUCAGUGGUGAGAAACGCAGACAUUCGACCAUGUCAAUGCCUCCUCAAAUAUUUUCGCAAGGUGGACCACAGACGUAUCACCAUCCUACCUCGGGCUUUGCAGCGUCCAGCAUGCGAUUCAACCACCAAGUCUACCAUGCUUAUCCUCGCGAGCCCAACCCAUUGCCAGCACCAUUGUAUGCGGGGCACCCUCAUUCUUAUCAACAUCAACAUCAACUCAUGCAUGCGUCGUCCAUGCAUACCUCAAUGCCACCGUUGCCAUCAUAUCAUCCAGCCUUUGGACCAAGUCCUCACCAACCUCCACCAACGAUGCAUCCUUCGGCAUUACCACCUUAUGCCCAAUGGUCCUACCCACCACCAUGGGCACCGGUUUACAUACAAAGUGGCCCAUCGAUUUCGCCCGAACACAAUGUACGGCCUGCGAAGUUAAAAUCGUACCCCAAACGUGUCGACCGAGCUACUUCGCCCUCCAAGAUCAAGUCCGAACAGUUUGUCAAGGAAAGGGUGGAAACCAAGAGUCCAAACGUCUACGAUUACUUUAGUGACAUGGACGACGAAGAGGGGGAUAUUUCCUCAAAACGGAGGAAACAUUCGAAUUCGAAAUGUGCUGGUGUCCCAGUACACGAGCCGCUUCAUCAUCCUGUCAAGCAUCUUUCUCAAGAUGCUGAUUGUCAAGAUGAUUCUGCUCCACCACCACCUCAGUUCAAUCCUUUAGAAAUGCCCCCCGAGUUCGCAGUGCCUCGUGGCUCCUUCCCCCCAUCGGAGGGACCCAGAUGGUAA